AUGAUUAUAAAAAGUUUAUUGCUUUAUGGGACUCUCGUCGCUGGUUUCAGUGGUCAUUUUAACCCCUUUGACUAUGUUGAUUAUGAUUACGAGGAAGAUUCCACACCCCCACCAGCAUCAAUUUAUGACAACCUGAACAAAAAUCCAAAAGCGAUGAAAGAUCUUAUGCGACUAAAAAGCGCAUUUACGAUGUACAACUUGCUGGAGAAAAAUAGUAAGCGCUCGUCUCCGUAUCUAAGUUCUUCUAAUUAUGAGUGA